AUGGAACAAUUGAUAAGCCUAAAAGCCCCAGAAAAUCCUCUUCAACAAGUUUCUAAAAUAUUUACCUGCUCAAGUACUGAUUAUUCAUCAUCUGCAUCCCCUAGUUUGCCUUUAUCGCCGAUACCAAUGAACUUUCCAACUAUAAUGAUUAAAGAGCCAGAAUAUAGUUUUUCUUAUCUAAAUCCCCCCCCUUUAAAUUGGAACUAAAAAUUUCGUUCCAAUUUGAAGUGGGGUUAGUUUUAUUUUUUAAAAAAAAAAUAUCAAUAUAAAAAAUAUAAAAAUUUAAAAAAAAAAAUUCAAAAACUUAUCGAAUGGAUCAAUAAAUUUGUUUAAUAAAAUGCUAUUUACUCUUUAUCCUUUAAAACAAAGCAAGAUAUAACUAAAUUUUCAUUAUUAGUUAAUACGCCACUAUUAAUUGGUAUCAAAAUUAUUUACACAAAAAUUAUUAUUUUUAUUGAUAAAAAAAAUUUAAAAAAAAAAAUUUUGGAAAAUUUAUCGAUCAAAGUGCUAAUUUUGUUUAAAUAAGAUGUUAUUUAUACUCUAUUCUUUAAAAUAAAGCAAGAAAUAAGUAAAUUUUGAAAUUUUAUAAAGAAUUCCUAUUGAAUUUAUAUCAAAACUAUCCAAAUAAAAAAAAUAUCAUUUUUAUCAAAAAAAACAAAAAUUUUUUUUGAAAAUUUUUUAAAAAACAAAAUGAAUUUUUUUUUUAAAAUUUACCAAUUAAGGAUGAUAAAUUUAUUUAAAUAAGAUGCUCUUUAUACUUUUUUCUUUAAAAAAGAGCAAGAUAUAAAUAAAUUUUUAAUUUUAGUUAAGAAGAAACAUUUAACUUAUAUCAAAACUUUUUAGAUAAAAAUUAUAUAUAAUUUUUUAUUAUAAAAUUAAAUUUUGUUCCAAUUUAAAGGGGGGUUAAUUUAUAGAAGUUUCCUAUGUUUGGCGCUGUAAGGCCGAUAAAUUCUGAUCGGAAUUUAUCGGUAGGUUGCACCAAAUCAAUGCCUUGGUCGGACCAAAAAGCGAUUUGGUCCGACGAACUUGGAAAGCUCCUGGGAAAAUGUCUGCGCUUUUAGCGCUAUAUAGAGGAAACCUCUAUACCAAAAAAAGUGGAAAUUUUACCGAUAUUUUGUUCCAAUUUAAAGGGGGGGAGUAAGUAUUGAUGAUACACAAUUUGAAGCUUUAGAUUCCUUACUCCCCCCCAUCCUUGAUCGAACGACUCGCCAUCGUUCGAUCAAGGAUGGGGGUUAAAAAAAAAAUUUAUAUAUAAAAUAAAAAAAAAUAUAUAUAUAUUUUUUUUUUUUUACUUUUAAAUAAGAGGGUUAAGAGUAUUUAAUAAAUAUUUUUACAGCAAAAAAUUGAAUUAAUUCCAUAAAAAUACAAUUUUUUAAUAUUUUGAUUUAUUAGUCACCCUUUAAACUGUAUAAAUUUUAAUUUAUUCCUUAUUAAAUUAAAAUUUUUUGUUUUAAAUUUUAAAGAAUCUCUAUUUUAUUAGAUUAUUAAGGUUUUAAGCCUAGGUUGAUGACUAAAUCACUUCGUAUGGUUGAUUCCGUAGCUUUUUGUCGUCUCAAAGCUUCUGAAAACAACUUCAUUAGGUACAUCUUCCCAAGCUUUUGAUAACUAAUAUAUUUUUAUAUAUAUAAAAAUUGUUAUGAUAUGAAAAUCGUUCGAUCAAGGAUGGGGGUUAAUUUCCCCAAUUUUUAGGAAUUUUUACAGUCAAUCGUUCGACCAAGGAUGAGGGAGUUAGAACAAAAACUAAAUUCUCUGUUUGAUAUAGUACGCAAAAAAGAAGAGAAAAUCUAUAUAAGGAGAAAUGAAUUAAUUAAAAGAAAAAAUAAAAUUGAUAAAAUUAGAGAGCAAUUAAAUUCAAGGAUGAUGAAACCUAAGCGUGAUUUUACUGAAGAAUGAAACAAUGUAAAAACACUAGAAAAUGAAAUAAAAUCUAUUGAACUAAGGAUUAAAAAUUCAUUAGAAAAAAGAGAGAUUGAUGCAGGAAAUUCUAUGUAUAAAGAUGCAGAAAUAAAAGAAGGACUAAAUGAACAAAUUUCUUUCUUAGAAAGAAAAUUGAAAGAAAAGUUUUGCGAAUUAGAAAACUUAAAAAAAUUAAAAAAACAGAAAUUAGUUAAAAAAAAUGAAUUUUUGCAAAAGAUUGAAUUAAUAAGGCUUGAAAGGCAAGAUAUAAAAAGAAGAUUAGGAGGAAUAUCAUGAUCUGAGACUGCGGAAGAUAAAAAUAUAGAAUUAUUUAUGAGAAUAAAGAAAGCUGAGAAAAAUUAUAGAGAUGAAGAAAUGAAAAAAAUCGAACUUGAAAAUGAGCUUACUCCCCCCCAUCCUUGAUCGAACGGCUCGCCAUCGUUCGAUCAAGGAUGGGGGUUAAAAAAAAUUUUUUGGAAAAAAAAAUUAUAUAUAUAAAAUACAAAAUAUAUAUAUAUUUUUUUUAUUUACUUUUAAAUAAGAGGUUUAAGAGUAUUUAAUAAAUAUUUUUACAGCAAAAAUUGAAUUAAUUCCAUAAAAAUACCAAUUUUUAAUAUUUUGAUUUAUUAGUCACCCCUUUAAACUGUAUAAAUUUUAAUUUAUUCCUUAUUGAAUUAAAAUUUUUUUUUUUUAAAAAUUUUAAAGAAUCUCUAUUUUAUUAGAUUAUUAAGGUUUUAAGCCUAGGUUGAUGACUAAAUCACUUCGUAUGGUUGAUUCCGUAGCUUUUUGUCGUCUCAAAGCUUCUGAAAACAACUUCAUUAUGUAUAUCUUCCCAAGCUUUUGAUAACUAAAUAUAUUUAUAUAUAUAUAAAAAUUGUUAUGAUAUGAAAAUCGUUCAAUCAAGGAUGGGGGUUAAUUUCCCCAAUUUUUAGGAAUUUUUACAGUCAUUCGUUCGAUCAAGGAUAGGGGGGAGUUAGCACUAUAUUAGAAAAAUGGAGUCUUAAGUUUAAAGAAAUUUCAAACCGAAAAGCAAAGCUCAGGACCUAUCAAAAUGAUAUAGAAGCUAAAUUAUCUAUAAUAAACUAUGGAAAUCAACAGCUUAAAGAACAACAAAAAAGUAAUUUAGAAAGAAAAGCUUCAAUUAGUGAUUUAAAAGAGCUUAUAGAAAUAAAAAUUGAAGCAAUCAAUCAAGAAGAGCAAAAUUCACAAAGAAAUCAAAGCGAAAUACAAGAAAAGAUAGAAAUAUUAAUUCAGAGUUGUGAUAAUAGAAAAGAGCCUAGAUCUAUAAGUAAAAAAUCAAAGACAAUUGCACCAUCAGCAAGAUCUAAGAUAAAGAUGAAAAAAUAA